AAUUUGCUGAUAUGAUACAAUUCAGUAAGAAGUUAUGGACCCCUAAAAAUGGCUCCGGCUAGAACUUACAAAAUUGUGCCUUCCUUUAAAUCCACUGGUAACCUAUGAUCAACACUGAUUUUCAUGAUAUACUUUUUUUCUACUCAUUUAGUAGACUUUAUUAAAGUGAUUUCAGAAAAAAAAAUAGUGGGUACUCAUGGGGAAGUUACAAAGUCAGAACAAUGAAGUUGGCACAAAAUGCAUUAAAAACGCAAAAAAUAGAGAUAUUGAUGUACUUUAGUAUUCAUUAUUUACUGCAAUGCAAAAAAAUGUAUAUUUAUAUGAAAGUAUAUCAAAAUCAUUGCUACAAAUUAGCUUUAAAUUAGGACUGAAUUAAACUCAGGUUUUAAAUAACCUUAGUUGCCCCCCCCCACCCUGUCUUUUUAUUUUUUAACAUAUAUAUCUGGAAGAAAAUACAUAUGUAUUUUCUCCCAGAACUUAUCUUAAAAGAAAUAUGUUAUUGUAUGUUUUACUUUACAAAAUGUGUCUGGUUUUUUUUCUAAUGCAUGAAGUGUUAAUGCACAAAAUAACAAUUGAACAUACACAGUUAAAAGCUGUGACAUGGCAAACAAGCUAUUGGGUGUACCUUUUAUCUUUAAUUUCGUAUAUAAAAUUUAUCAUUCUAUACUUAUUUAUUGUGUCAAAACUUAUGGAAACUUUAGUUUACACUUCUAAAAUUGAAAAUAAAUAUAUUUUUUUUAGAUAAUAAUUAAAAAUAAAUGGCAAGUUCAUCUUUAGAUCUAACUCAAUGUUGCAUUGGAAAAAAAUUAAAUGAAAAUUGUCAUGAAGGAAAAUUUACGAAAAUCAAGAAAAUUAAAUUUUUUGAGGAAUUAACAAAAAAAGAUCAAGAGCUUGUGCACUUAAGAUAUAAAGUAAAUCCUAUUAAAACUAUUUGUAAUCACCAUGAAAAGAUCUUCUUGGAUAGAUUUGAGUCAUCGUAUGUUGGAAGCUUUUGUUGCGAUCCUUUUAACAAACACAAAAUUAAAAUUAAAAAAUCUGUCAGAGUAAUCAGUGCUGCUGUUGCAAAGGAAUUUGAUUUAAUACCUGGUUAUAAGCUUUGUACAGAAUGUCGUAAAAUAUUGCACUUAAGAAAACAAGAACAUGAAAGCGAUUCAUGUAAAAAUCAAGAUAACGAUUUUAACGGGAUUCAUAUUUCAAAAGAAAACUUUAAUUUAAGCAUUAACACCUUUGGUUGUUCACCUCUAAAACUAGUAGCUUAUAAAGACAGAGUCAGCUAUGCAAAAGAAAGAUUAACAAGAUCCAUACUGCAACCAAAAAGAAAAUAGCAACUGUUUUAGAUGUUUCUCCGGAUUUAAUAAAUGAUGAACCAAAAACAAAAGAACUUUGUUGCAAAAGUAAACAAGAUUUGGACUCACUAAUGGAAUUAAUUAAAGCAAAGUUUGAUAUUUCUUCAAAACCAGAAAAACCUAAAUUGCUAACUUUGGUUCCUGAGAGUUGGAACAUUAACUAUACAGAAAACUAUUUUUCUGCUUCCCAAAGAAUGAUAAAAACUGCAAGGCAUUUGAAACAAAUGCAUGGCAUAAUGGAGCCAUCUAAAA